GCCGACUGAGGUCCAUAGAAAUUUGACAGCUUCACAGGUGAGACAACCGUCCAGAGGCUGUUUCACUUUAGAUUUCAGCUUUUUCCCGGGACUCUAUUCACUGUGAGCCUGGGGUUGCCACAGUCAAAAAACAACCAUUCGAAGUCUAAUCAUUCCGGCAGCAUGAGCAAAAAGAAAAAGGACUGGAAGACUGAGAAAGAGAGACUGCUCCGUCUAGAUCGAGAGGAAAGGCGCAAGGAGUAUCGUCGUCAAGAAUUCAUACCUUUGGACAAGAUUCCAACCUGGAGAGAGGAAAAUAGAUCCAAUGACAAUGAAGAAGGAAAGGAGCUGACAGGUGGAGGAGGGCUGAGUGACAAAGUAUCUCUUUACAAAGGAGAUAUUACCGUCUUGGAGGUGGAUGCCAUAGUCAAUGCUGCAAACUCCAGUCUUCUGGGAGGUGGGGGAGUUGAUGGCUGCAUACACAAAGCGGCUGGGUCCUGUCUGUAUGAUGAGUGUCAGUCACUAAAUGGCUGUGAAACUGGCAAAGCCAAGAUCACCUCCGGCUACGAUCUCCCUGCAAGAUAUGUGAUCCACACCGUGGGCCCGGUGGCCAGAGGUCACGUGGGCCCUACCGAGACCAAUGACCUCACCUCCUGCUACCAGAACUCCCUCAGGCUGAUGAAGGAGAAUGGCUUGAGCACUGUGGCCUUCCCAUGUAUAUCCACAGGCAUCUAUGGCUUUCCCAAUGAGCCUGCAGCUGACAUUGCUCUGAACACGGUAAAGAGCUGGAUCGAAGAGAAUCCUGAUAAGAUCACACGGGUCAUUUUCUGUGUCUUCCUCGAGACUGAUUUUGCCAUCUACAAGAAGAAAAUGGCUGUCAUGUUUCAAGACAAUGACAUGGAGGUUACAGAGGAGCAGCUGAAGGGAGAUAACACACCAUCAUCUACUAAAUCCACAACCAAGGAAGAAAGAGAAGACCGCAGCAGAGGUAAAGAGGAAACAGGUGAUGAAGAGGAGCCUGACAACGAUGCUGGGGUAAAUGAAGAUGUGGAGAUGGCAAGUCAAAACCCAGACGAAAAUAUAGCCAACGAGGAGCCGACUCAAGAACAGUGUGAAGAUGAAAAUGAAAACCAAGACAAAGGUGAAGAUACAGGCAGUGACAACAACAAAGACAACGGUGAGGAAAAAAGCAUCAACAAUGAGAAAGAUGAAGACAAAGCAGAGGAGGAGCAGCCUCCUGCAAAGAUGGAAGAUGACGACACAGCAAAGUCCACUGUGGAGAUGGAAGAUGUCUCUGAGAUCAACGACACUGGCACCAGCAAUGGAGAGGAGAUGAAAGAUCAUGUCGAGAGCUCAGAAGAACCUGAUUCAAUUCUAACUGACAGCAUUCAGUCCAAAGACACUGUUGAGAAGAAAGAAUGACCAGCUGAGGGAAAGACAAUCAACCUCAUCUGACAGCCAGCAAACUGUGCGAAGGCCAACCACUCUGGUGUCAGACUGGCCCAUGUCAGUAUGGGCUCUGACACUGGCCCAGGACAACCAGUUACUCACUCAAGAUGCUCACAUUCCCAACUCUACUUAGUCUCCUUCCCUCUUUGUUAAGAAACGAUUCAUCCUUGAAGUAUGUAUGUACUGUAUGUAUAUGUAUGUAUGUAUGUACAAAACCUAACUAUAGGACUUGAACAUAUCAACCAGAAAAGAUGAGCCAUACCUCACUGUGUGUUAGAGUCAUACAUCAUUUUACCAGCUGGGUGCAAUGAGAUAAACCAGGUUCAAGUCUCUUUAUUUGAUAAACCCACUGUGAGAGCAUGGUGAAGCUGUCAGAGGACAACAGCCACAGCUCCUGCAUGUUGACACUCCAGGCUGGAUGAUGCUUAACAUCAACCAUCCUUUAGUUCAUGCAACUCGAAUAACGACACUAAUAACAGUCAUAACAACAUUAAGCAAUGGAAUAUCUGACAACACCCUGCAUUUGUAAGCCUCUUUGGAGUGUAACACAGUGACACCUGCCAUGUCUCCUCACACCGCUGCAGCUCGAGCUCCAUUAUUUAGUCAAAUCAGCCAAUACCUUGAUUCAGACUGGUCUGUUAGGUGAUGUGCCACUCCCAGGCCUUUCAUGUGUGAACAUCACUGAUCCCAUCUCAUCUCAGCCGCUGCCGUAACUGCAGCUUAACUCGUUUUACCAGGAAACUGUUCAUCAACACCCGUGACCACAAACCAAGAUGUGAGUGUCUUUUAACAAAUCAAUUAGUUCUUCUCCCCCCCCCCCCUUUUUUUUCUUUGCCAUUUCCAGUGCAUGCAGGAAAAUUGCUUUGAACUUCACAGACAUAAACAGGAAUUACAGUCCUCUUCGCUUUCGCUUGUCUCCUUACCAGAUUGUCUAUAAUUGUAUUAAAGGAAUCUGCCUUAUUUCAUAUCAAACUACAAAAUCACAAUCACAGACCUAAGGAGGUGGUCCAAAUAUGAAUUCUUGGUUGUGCAUUGCUCGCAGAUGAUUUGUAUUUUUAAGUACAUCAUGUAAUGGCUAAUACCUGUUGUUAAUCGUUUCUUAGUUUUUCCUCAGUUGACUUUAAAAAAAAUUGUUUGGGUUUCUUUUAAAUGUCGGAACGAAUCAUUAAUUAUUUUCAGUGGUGCCAUACUAAAGAUCAGAUGAAUUACAGUUCUAUGAAAUGAUGCCUUCAUACUUUGAUGUUUGCUUUGCUAAACUAUAACAGAAACAACUAAUAAAGUUUAAGGUGGAAGCCA